AUGUGGGGAGAGAAAAGGGGAUCCCAGCUCGGUGACCCCGUCCUACCCGGCCUGUGGGGCCGUGAGGCCGCUUCCAAGUCCCGGGAAGCAGAGCCGGCUCCGAGUGGGGCAUCAAGGCUUGCCCUGGGUCGUGGGCUGGCUCAAAGUCCGCUGUUCGAUGCUGUUGCGGCGGCGGGAUUGCGGGAUCCAGUGCCCGCGGUGCGGGUCUCGGUGCCGGCCCCUCCCGGCCGCGCAUCUCCCGCAGCCGCGGGCGGAGCGGAUGUUUGCGGGGGCCGAAAGCGAAAGUCGUGUCGGUUCCCCCUCCCCACGCAGGUCUGGUUCAAGAACCGCCGAGCCAAGUGGAGAAAGCGGGAGCGGAACCAGCAGAUGGACCUGUGCAAGAACGGCUACGUGCCGCAGUUCAGCGGGCUGAUGCAGCCCUACGACGACAUGUACGCCGGGUACCCCUACAACAACUGGGCCACCAAGAGCCUCACCCCGGCGCCGCUCUCCACCAAGAGCUUCACCUUCUUCAACUCCAUGAGCCCCCUGUCCUCGCAGUCCAUGUUCUCGGCGCCCAGCAGCAUCCCCUCCAUGAACAUGCCCUCCAGUAUGGGCCACUCGGCCGUGCCGGGCAUGGCCAACUCCGGCCUCAACAACAUCAACAACAUCAGCGGCUCCUCGCUCAACUCGGCCAUGUCCUCGCCGGCCUGUCCCUACGGGCCACCGGGCUCGCCCUACAGCGUCUACCGGGACACUUGCAACUCCAGCUUAGCCAGCCUCAGACUGAAAUCAAAGCAGCACUCCAGUUUCGGCUACAGCAGUUUGCAAAGCCCCGGCUCUAGUCUAAACGCCUGUCAGUACAACAGUUGACGGACUUGACACAAACCACCUCCGAGAAAGCACCGCCGACAAAGCAAAGCAGAAGCAAAGCGACGUUUAACGGAAAAGACAAAAAAAAAAAAUAAUUAAACACGGUUAUGACUAAAAGCAAACCCCAAGCAAGUGAGAGAGGAAAAAAAAUAAAGCGCCACCCCCAAAAUAACCCCCAAACCCAAAAACAAAAGACCCAAAAGCUCCGCGGACUUCGACCGCCUAUAAAAAAAAAUAAUUAUUGCAAACUAAUGAUGCAACCAACAAAACAGCGCUUUAAAAAUGUACAAAAUCAAUAAUAAUAAUAAUAAUAAUAAUAACCCCCUCGAAAACCGUAAACGGACCAGAAAACUUUUGCAAGAGACACCGAAAUCUGGUACAUGGAUGAGUUGCAAUUUUUUUUCUCUGGAUUAUGCGGGUUGUAUGUGUUUACUUGAACUUGCACAGGAGUCGGUAAGGCGGCCGCUGCCCCGCGGGGAGGGCGGCAGGAGGGGACGCCUCGGUGGUAAGAGCUGGUGGGACGGUUCUUGGCCGCUUGUCGCACGGGAAGAGUUUGGUUAAUGUUUACCACUGAGAAACAGAAUCACACUCGGAAAAAAAAAAAAAAAAA